AUGGGGGAGCCGGCCAUGAGGGCCGGGCCGCAGGUCGGGCUGCCCGCUGAGGUGGCCCUGAGGCCGCUGCUCAAAACUGGGAGGCGGCCUCCCGUUUCCGCCCUCUCCGCCUUCAGCCACAUCCCGGCCAGACGGGAGGGGCCUCCGGAGCUCAGCUAUUUCCACCGGGAGGCCAAGACAGGAGAUGUUUCCACUUAUGAUUCCAUGUUUAAAAGACCAGAGGGUUACAACAACAAUCUUCACCGAUGUGACAGAGAACACGCAAGGAGUCGUGGUCUUAACGUUAAUGAGGAGGAAAUGGCAAGACCUGUCGCUGUUUUGUCAUCUUCAGAGUAUGGGAGACGCAUAAAUAAGCCCAUAGAGCAGCCAAUCAGAGAUCAUGCAAGGAUUAAUCACGUGCAGGCAGAAUUCUACAGGAAAAAUGGCAUCACCUGCUUAUUGGAAAAACCUUCUCCAAGCCUGGAUCCAUGCUAA